AUGAACUACAAACGGUUGGGAGCGUCCGCGCUGAUGGUCCCGGAGAUUGGGUUGGGAACGUGGCGGUACACCGGGGGACCCGAGCCGUUGCGACGGGGGGUCGAACUGGGCGCCAACCUAAUCGAUACGGCGGAGAUGUACCGCACCGAAGCGGCGGUGGGCGAGGCCAUAGCCGGCAUUCGAGACAAGGUGAUCGUGGCGACCAAGGUCCUGGGGAGCAAUCUGCGCUACGACGAGGUGCUGAAAGCCGCCGAGAAAAGCCUGCGGUUGCUCGCCGUGGACAAGAUCGACCUGUAUCAAAUUCAUUGGCCCAACCCCAGGGUGCCGAUUGCGGAGACCAUGCGGGCAAUGGAUCGGCUGGUCUCGGACGGCAGCGUGGAGCACGUGGGCGUCAGCAAUUUUUCCGUGGAUGAGAUGCGGGAAGCCCAGGCGGCGAUGCCCAACGUGCCGAUCGUGUCCAACCAGAUCCUGUACAACCUGCGCCGGCGCAGCGCGGAACGCGACGUGAUCCCCUACUGUCGGCGGAACGACAUCACGGUCAUCGCGUAUUCGCCGUUGCACGAAGGAGCGCUGGCUGGCGACCGAGGCGGGCGCAUUCGUAGGGCUCUGGGCAGAAAUCGCGACAACGAGGUCCUGGAGGAAAUCGCCGGAGAGGUCGGGAAAACGGUGGCGCAAAUCGCUCUGAACUGGGUUGCGGACCAGGAAGGGGUCAUCGCCAUCCCGAAAUCCAACAGCGUAGACAGAACGGAGGCCAAUUGCGCGGCCUCGGGCUGGAGCCUCACGACAGACCAACGCGGGGCUUUGGAGCGGACUUUUCCGAUCUAG